AUUCUCUGCCUGCGGACCCCCAACUCCGCAGCCCACCUGCCCGUCUUUACCUCCGGAUCUCCAUUCUCAGUAGAUGCUGUUUACCCCCCGAUGCGGCUCUUUGUAGGGGGUAUUCGCUCUCCUAUCUAUUUGCCCCGUUUGCCGUUCGCUGUAUUUCUGUCCCCUGUUCCUAAGCGUUCUUCCUCCCCUGUAUAAGCCCACCUGUAGCUACAGGGGCUGCAGGGAUGUCAUUGAAUCCCCCAAAACGGACGACAGCAGCUCCACCAGACACCCCGUCCUCCUCGUUGUCUGCGACCCCCGACCGCCGGAGGAGGAAACUCCGCACGUGAGAGAUGGAAGAUGACGGAAAGAAAGGCAAAAAGCCUGGAAUCGUGUCGCCCUUCAAGCGGGUUUUCCUGAAAGGCGAGAGAAGCCGGGAUAAGAAAGCGCAGGAGAAGGUGACGGAGCGGCGGCCGCUUCACACGGUGUCCCUGUCGCCGGCCGAGCGCCGCGUCGAGCCCGACGUGCUGCUCAACGACUACAUCGAGAAAGAAAUCAAGUACUUGGGGCAGCUGACGUCUGUCCCCGGAUACCUCAAUCCUUCCAGCCGGACGGAAAUACUGCAGCUGCUCGACAACGCGAAGAGACUUCACCAGCUCCCGGCCCAGCUGGCCCCUGAACAGGACGCCUUGAUCAGCUUAUCCGCCUACAACGUCAAGGUGCUGUGGCGCGACAGCGAGGACACAAUUCUCAGGGUACCCAUCCACGACAUCGCGGCCGCGUCCUACGUGCGCGACGACUGCCUGCAUCUGGUGAUCCUCAAAACGGCUCAGGAUCCGGGGGUCUCGCCGAGUCAGAGUCUAUCCGCCGAAAGCGGCAAACUGCUGACAUCGGGGUCUCUGUCGGAGUGCGGGCCGGGGCCGGUGGAAGCCUGCUGUCUCGUCAUCCUCGCUGCUGAGAACAAAGCGGCCGCCGAGGAGCUCUGCCUCCUCCUGGGUCAGGUCUUUCAGAUCGUUUACACCGAGUCCACCAUCGACUUCUUGGACCGGGCGAUAUUCGAUGGAGCUUCGACGCCGACGCGGCACAUGUCCUUACACAGCGAUAAUUCCUCCAGUAAGGUGGACGUGAAGGAAGCGUACGAGCUGGAAGCCGGCGCCUUCUCUUUCCAGGACUCGGCGGACGCCGACGGACAUUCCCCGUCUUCUCUGUCCGACCUCCAUUCUCCUCAAAGCAAAGCCGCCAGCGAGGGAGAGCUGAGCGCCUCGGCCGCGGAGCUCCUGCAGGACUACAUGAUGACCCUGAGGACGAAGCUGUCGUCGCAGGAGAUCCAGCAGUUUGCGAUGCUGCUUCACGAAUAUCGCAACGGCGCCUCCAUCCACGAAUUCUGCAUCAACCUCCGGCAGCUCUACGGGGACAGCAGGAAGUUCUUGCUUUUAGGUCUCCGGCCGUUUAUCCCAGAGAAAGACAGCCAGCAUUUCGAGAACUUCUUGGAGACGAUUGGUGUGAAGGACGGCCGGGGAAUCAUCACGGACAGCUUCGGGAGAUAUAGGAGAACCAUGAGCACCACGUCCAACUCCACCACCAACGGCAACGGCGCGGCCGGCGGCUCGGACGACCAAUCCGUGCCGUCCGAAGGAGACGAAUGGGACAGAAUGAUAUCGGAUAUCAGCAACGACAUCGAAGCCCUGGGGUGCAGCAUGGACCAAGACCCCCCUCAAGGACCCGCCGGCUACUCUUGACCGGGAGCCGGCCGGUCGCAGCUUCUCACCAGCGUUUACAUGUAACGGCAGAGGCCGAGGCCCACGUAUCUUCUACGAUCCCCGGCGAAUGCGGCUGAGGGUUUGGGGUCCUUUAGAAGACUGUUG